AUGCGUGAUAGUCAUUUUGAUGUCAUCACCAAACUCUCUGGAUUUUUUUAUUCUGUCUAGUUUUGUCUUCAAUGCGAAAAAGCCUACGCUGUAGAAGACUAUAGUCACCAUACAUGUCGCAAAACUAAACGUGACGCCUGUCUUCAAUCCAAUUGCCGUGACUACGAACUAUUCAAACACACCGAAAAACCAGAACUACCAUGCAAAAACUGUAAUCGUCAUUUCUAUGGAGUCACGUGUCAAAUGAACCACCUCACUCUCAAAGCCAAUGGACAACUGGUAGCACUCCUUGAAAAAUAUGUAUGCAAAUCACACAAAAAAUGUUCUAUUUGCUUACAUGUGUUCACAUCAACAGCUCAAGAACACAUGAAACAUUGCGGAUUACAAUACUGCCCCAGUUGUUCCAAAGAAGUCAACAUUCUACAACAGAGGUGCUUCCUUCAACCCAUCACACAUGAAAAGAAAAAGAAAAGAAAAAAUGAAAAAGAACAACACAUCGUGUUCGUUUAUUUUGACAUUGAAGCGCAACAAGAUACCGGAAAUCACAUCGCUAAUCUGGUGUGCGCAGAAACCGAUCAAAACUAUACACAAUUUACCUUCCAAGGUAAAGAUUGUAUACAACAAUUUAUAUAUUGGAUUCACACCAUAGCCAAUCAAGACGUUGAAAAGGUGAUCGUAGUGGCGCACGACUUCAAAGGUUAUGACGGGUACUUCAUGCUCGAAGAACUCUACAAGCAACACGUCACCAAUCUCACGCGAAUCGUCAAUGGAGCCAAGAUACUCAGUUUAGACUUGCCCCAUAUAAAAUUCAUCGACUCCAUGAACUUUUUUCCCAUGGCUUUGUCGAACUUUCCAAAAACAUUUGGAAUUCAUGAACUAAAGAAAGGGUCUUUUUCCUCAUUUCUCCAACACGCAGCAAAAUCAAAACUAUGUUGGGUACAUGCCUGACAAAUCUUACUACGACCCCGACGGAAUGUCCACAGCGCGCAAAGAUGAAUUCCACAAGUGGUAUGACGAAAAAGUAUCUGAAAGAUACAUUUUCAAUUUCCAACAUGAACUCUUAACCUAUUGUCAAUCAGAUGUAAGACUCCUCAAACAAGGGUGCAUGACCUUUCAAUCCCAAUUCAAAGAUAUUGUCGACUUCAACCCUAUGGAACAUUGUAUCACUAUCACUUCUGCCUGCAAUGUGGCAUACCGCAAAAAAUGGAUGCCUGAAAACAAAAUCGUCGUACGACCGGUACGUGGAUGGCUUUCCCAUCACAUCCAAUCUUGUGCUGCCCUAACAUGGCUCUACUGGGAAGAAAAAAACUGAUUAAAACCAAUCUCCUGCCCCGAAACAAAGGUGAAAGAACACUGAUGCAUGGAUCUCAAAGAUUUCUCGUAGAUGGAUACGACGAAUAAACACGUACCGUCUAUGAAUUUCAAGGGUGUUUCUACCAUGGGUGUCUCAAGUGUUUUCCAAAUCGCACCAUGAGACAUCCCAUUCACCAAAAUAAAACCAUGCGAGAUGUGCGAGAAGAAACUAGAACAAAAAUCGAGCAAUUGACCGUAUUGGGAUACCAUGCAAAAGAGAUGUGGGAAUGCGAUUGGAAUCGCAUGAUACGAACAGAUCCUCAACUGAAAAAAUUUAUCGAUACAGUCGACAUUGUCACACCUCUCAACCCUCGCGAAGCCUUUUUUGGUGGUAGAACCAACGUAAUCAAACUUCACCAUAAAGUUGAAGAAAACAAACAAAUCAAAUACAGCGAUAUGAUUUCGUUGUACCCAUGCGCAAACCCAGAAUGUGAGUACCCUAUUGGUCACCCUGAAUUCAUCGAUCAACCUGGGACCAUAGAUAUCUCCAAAUAUUACGGAUUGGUAAAAUGUAAAAUUUUACCCCCCUACGAACUAUAUCAUCCUGUAUUACCAUACAGAUACGACUCCAAACUCCUGUUUCCACUAUGCAGAACAUGCGCGCAACAACAGAUAAAACAACAGCCCACAAACAACAAAAGAAGCGAAAAGUGCCCCCAUUCUGCUGAGGAACGAUCCCUCACAGGUACCUGGACCACCUUCGAACUUCAAAAAGCCAUUGAAAAAGGCUACGUCAUCGCUUACAGGUACGAAAUAUGGCACUUUAAAGAACGAUCAAACCAGCUGUUUCAACCAUGCAUAAAAACAUUCAUGAAAAUCAAGCAAGAAGCUUCAGGAUGGCCCGCAGAAUGUGAUACCGAUGAGAAAAAAAAAGAACUAUCUGCAUGA